AUAGAUUACAAACUUGGGGGGCAUGACAGAUCAGAAUCAGCUGCUCCUAGCAAGAAGAAAAUCAGUGUGGGUUCAUAAAGAAAAAGGAAGCAGAUCUGGUCAAAGUUCUCCAGAAAAUAAUGAACCACCUAGAAGUCCAACAUCACCUCGAGUUCUAGCUGUGGAAUCAAAUGAAAAAAUUGGUUUGAAGGCGAAGUUUGACAUGUCAGAUAAAGCGAAAAAUUCAUCAGAUUUAAUUUAUUUUGAUGAGUUUUUCAUGAAUUUAUCUUGUUUGGUGAUCACUCUUCCUUUGGUUUUUCAAGUUAGGGAACAGUCAGAAUUUACAGUCUGUCAACAAAUAGAUCAUACCAAGGAAAGAGGAAUCAUUGAGAUCCCAGCUAAGGAAGAUGAAGGUGUAGAUUCAGUAGAUAAAAUCAUUUUUGAAAAGCCAGAAGAAAGAAUGGCCAGACAUAUCAGGCCAUUAUACAUUCGUGAAGAUCUGGAUGGUAUGCUAAUAAAUCAAGUUCUGGUUGGUAAUGGAGCAGCUGUCAAUGUUUUGUCAACCUAUAUGCUACACAAAAUUGGCAAAUCUUUGGGUGAUUUAAUGGAGACAAAAGUGACAAUCAGUGACUUUACUGGUGAGUGUGUUCCUUCGACUUUGCACCAGAAAUUGAUAUUUUGGAAUGGUGGCAGAACUGAGGUUGUGACAGCAAAUGACGAGCUUUUUAUGGCAAACACUAAUGCAGUGGAAGCUCGUUUUAUGAUGAAAAUAUUGGAAUUAUCCAUUUCUUUGGGAUGGAUUGUUAUGGCAGAUCUUCUGGAAUUAUUGCCUACACCAGAUCUGCACUUGACAGACAUAUUAAGUACAAAAUCCCCUGGACGAGGUCUAGACAGAAAUCUGGUGGAGCACAGAUUACCAAUUAAAGAAGACUUUAAACCUUUCAAGCAGCCGCCCAGACGAAUGUCUCCAGAAGUCACUUUAAAAGUUAAAGAAGAGAUAGAGCGGCUGUUAAAGGUUGGUUUUAUCAAAACUUCCAGAUAUGUGGAGUGGUUAUCUAAUGUGGUAUUUGUGGUUAAAAAGAAUGGCAAGCUGAGAAUCUGUGUGAAUUUCAGAAAUCCGAAUCUGGUAACAUCAAAAGAUGAAUAUCCUAUGCCUAUUGCAGAUUUGUUGGUGGAUGGCACAGCAUGCCAUCGAAUUCUGUCAUUCAUGGAUGGCCACAGUGGGUACAACCAGAUUUUCAUAAUAGAAGGAGAUUUGGUUUGGAAAGCAAUUCUGCCACUUGGAAAGAAAGAUCCCAGAUCUAGAAAAUGGUCUCCCAAUUGGGAAGGACCAUUUCGUAUCCAUGAAGUGCUUAGAGGGGGAGCAUAUUGGCUUGAAUCACUGAAUGGAGAGCUACACCCUCAAAAAAUAAAUGGAAUCUAUCUUAAGCCUUACUAUCCUACGAUAUGGGAGGCUAGAGGUCUGGAUACCACGAAUUCUACUUGAGAUAGAUUUCGGGUAGGAAGUGAACAAUAUUUUUUUUUCAUUUUUAGAAUUUUUAUAAUUCAAUAAAUGUGCUGAUCUGAA